GAUUUGCUGUGGCGGCUGAACCAAACAAAAACAACGCUCGCUUUACGUGCGGUAAAUUUAAUUCAUGAAUGGAGCUAGUUCAGAAAAAUAUAAUCGACUGCAAUCAAGGGGCAGUCCGUGCCAUACGAUACAAUGUUGAUGGAUCCUACUGCCUGACCUGUGGCUCGGAUAAGAAGAUUAAACUGUGGAACCCCUUCUCCGGAUUGCUGCUCAAAACCUACGGAGGCCAUGCGGGAGAGGUAAUGGAUGCCGCUGGAAGCUGCGAUAGCGGUUUCAUUAUAUCCGUCUCGGCUGACAAAAGUGUCAUCUAUUGGGACGUUACAACGGGUUUACCAGUGCGGCGGUUGCGAGGCCACGCCGGUACGGUAAAAUGUGUAAAAUUCAACGAAGACUCCUCGGUGGCCGUGUCCGGGUCCACCGACAACACGGUCAUGUGUUGGGAUGUGCGGACACGCAAGCUAGAUCCAAUCCAGAUUAUGCGAGAAGCAAAGGAUUGUGUGACCUCGCUGGUCGUCACGGAGCAUAAAAUUGUGGCGAGUUCGCUGGACGGAUCUAUUCGGCAGUACGACCUCAGAGCCGGAGAGUUAACCUGCGACACGAUUGGAGUGCCCAUAACGCAUGUGGUGCAAACUAGCGACGGCCAGUGCUUGCUCGCUGCAUGUCUGGAUAGUACGAUCCGGUUGAUCGAUACCGAUAGCGGAGAGCUGCUGUCAGAGUACAAAGGUCACCGCACGGAAGACUAUCACAUCGAGUGUGGAGUCAUCAAAAGCGAUUCGCAAAUUAUUUCCGGUUCGGCGGAAGGUUGUGCCGUUAUAUGGGAUCUACUGGAAGGCAGCGAAGUUCGCCGCAUGCAGAUGGGCUCAGGGGGUGUGAUUCACUCGUUGGCACCGCAUCCAACAGGGAAUGACAUCAUGUUCGCCAGACGGAGGCAGGUUGAGUUGUGGGGACUGCCGUCUGAUGAGGGAGAAGAUGAAGUUUUACUCAUUAAAAUUAAUUCUAACUUCUUUGUUUGAUUUGAAUGCCUAUUC